GCGCAUGCUGAGAAAAGUACAUGCCCGUGCACUGGCUGCAAUGUCCAACCUCACAUUGGUGCCUUAUCAAAUACAGCAGAUUACAAAUGGCGUUGAACUGUUGUUGAACGCAGCUCUCCUGUCAUCACUUCUCUCUGCUCCUCUGCUGGUGGCGAACUGCAGUUGAGGAGAAACUUCAGAGGUCUUCCGUCGCACCGCUCUGCGCGCGCUGGAGGUGAAGAUGCGCUUGAGCGGCACCAAUUUUUCUCACGACUGGGGAAUGUUAUAUAUGAAGUGAACGAAUUUAAAUAAAACAGGGGCAUAGGAAGGCAGUCCGGUCAGUGGUCUCUCCACCUUCGAGGUGUGGUCUCUUUCUAGAAGCGUUAAAAACUAGGCUGCGCGCGAUGCUAAGCGCGAGAAGGUAUUCAGCAGAGAAGCGCUUGAGACUGGCCUGGUCUGCCAGGCACGAGCGGUUCAGCGCACCGCGCUCUCCAAGCAAGGGCAACAUCCACCUGCCGUCUGUGUGUCAAGUGAAGUCAGCAUAAGAUCAGUGCUGAGAAUGGGUGCUGUAAAGGGUGAAGGUGCUUUAGAUGGUGGAUGGGGAUGGAUGAUUGUGGUGGCCUCUUUCAUGGCCCAGUUCCUGUCUUUUGGAUCCCCCCAGUCCGUCGGGGUGUUGUACCCCAAGUGGCUCAGUGCCUUCCAGGAGGGAAAAGGCAUGACGGCUUGGGUGGGAUCCAUGGUGUCUGGUGUGGCACUCAUCACCAGUCCGGUGUGCAGUGCUUGUGUGGAUAAUUUUGGUGCACGGCCAGUAACUGUCUUCAGCGGUGUGAUGGUGGCUGGAGGUCUGAUGCUGAGUGCUUUUGCUCCAAGUGUCUCUUUCCUCAUCUUCUCCUAUGGCAUUGUUGUUGGCAUUGGCUGUGGACUUGUCUAUGCUGCCACGCUGACCAUAACCUGCCAGUACUUUGACAAGAGGCGUGGCCUAGCACUGGGCAUUGUCACCACAGGUACAAGUGUGGGCGGGUUCACUUACGCCACACUCCAGAAUGAGCUCAUUGAGUUGUUUGGAUUGGAGGGCUGCCUGCUUAUCAUUGGAGCGCUGGCGCUCAACUUGAUGGCAUGUGCUGGGCCAAUGCGACCUUUGAACUUACCUGGUUACUACCUAAAACAGAGAGCUGCUCUACAGCGUAUAGAGGAACCAGAAGCGCUCUACACCAAACCUACUGCCAUUAUCAUUGACUCUGAUCUCAAAACCACACUUAGCUCAGCCGAUAACACAGCCACCAUUAAGCUUUUGAUCCUCAAGGAACCCACAGAGCUGCAAGACAGUGAAGGGGAAAGAAAAGGUGGGAUAUUGUCCUGUUCAGUUAUAGCACGAGCCAUCAAGAAGCGAAUGAGUCCCUAUGGACGGUACCUGUGCGAGGCUGUAGAGCUCCUACAGGACCGUGUCUUCAUAGCUUUUUGCAUUGCCAUGUUCCUGUUCAGCUUAGGGGCAUUCCCACCUGUGCUCUUCAUGGAGGACGUAGCCCAGAGCGAGGGGCUUAUUGACGGGAUUGCACUAAUACCCCUUGUCUCCAUCGUUUCAAUGACAGCAGGCAUUGGUAAGCUGGGCCUGGGCAUCCUGGCAGACAUGCAAUGGGUGAACAGCUUGUACCUGUAUGCCCUGACACUGACAGGCACAGGAGUGGCUCUGCUUCUUAUUCCUGUGUCUAAAAGCUACAUGGGUCUGCAAGUUCUGUCGGCUGUGGUUGGAUUUUUCUCAGGGAACUGGUCUCUCACAUCCUAUAUCACUACCAAGAUCGUGGGCCUUGAACGACUCAGUCAGGCUCAUGGCAUUCUCAUGUGCUUCGGGGGGUUUGGAAUCACCCUCGGGCCACCUGUUGUAGGUUGGUUCUUUGACUGGACUCAGUCAUAUGACUUGGCAUUCUACUUCAGUGGCACUUGUGUUUUAGUGUCUGGUUUGUUUCUGUUCUUGGCCACUCUGCCUUGCUGGAACAGGACGUCAGAAGAGGGAAAUUCUCCUGCAAAAGAGGUCAUCAACACUUCUCAACAGCCCACUCUUGAUUGUGACAAAGUAGCCUCUGUGGCUUGAACAAUGUCUUAAAGGUCUUUAAUUGACCUUGGCCUUAACAGUCUGGUAAACAUGUAGAAGAUUGUCUUCCUUUUCUUAUGGCUUUCUUACCUGGUACGGUUUUGCCUGAGUACUUCUCAUGGUGCCAAACGUUUUCUUUCCUUCAGUAAGAAAAUGUUUUAUACAUGCCCCAUGAACCUUGUCAUUAUUUAAGAGAGCGUGUAUUCAUUUUUCUUAGAUGCUUAUAUAAAGACUGCCUCAUUUUUGAGGCUUAUAUAUAGCAGAAGUGGUUUGCUAAUAGUAUAUUCAGUAGAUUGUUUACUGGACACAGAAGGUGUUUUUUUUUUUUGUAGCUCUUGAUCACUUGAAUUGUGUAAACUUUACUUUCUUAGAGGGUCUCACUGUGUUGCACGUGGAUAUCACCGACCUGUGAACAUACAUUUCCAUUAAUGAGAACAUUUCUGACGAAAGCUUCAGAGAAUUAUAUAAUUUGUGAAUAGGAUUUUUUUUCACGGCACUUACCUUGAAAAGCAUUGAAAAAAAUAAGGAAAAUCCAAAGAUUUAUUUAGCUAUUUCUGGGGUAACAAGACUUACAACAGUUCCCUGUGCAUUGUCUGCUUUUAUUGUCUGUAAUACCAAAAUGACAACUAAUUUAAUUUAAGUGGAAGAGAGAGGCCUUGUUUUUAAAUUGACUAUCUUUAGUCACAUUUCAUUUUAAGACAUACCUCAGCAUGUUCUGCAUCUCUAAUUGUUAGUCAUUUAGAAAUAUACGAAAAUGCUGAUGAAAAAAAAAAAAAAAAAAAAAAAACCUACAGAGAAACAAGAUUUUGAUUCUGUGACCUGCAAUGUAUUUGUAUUCGUGCAUCUGAUAAUACAGCACCCUCCACAGUUUUAUAAACAGGCUGGUCCCUGACAACACUAUAUCUUUUAUUAGUGUUUUUUUUUAAAUGCCAGUGUCAUUAUUUCAUGUCAGUAUAUGUUGUAGAACUGUAAUGCAUUAUGUAUACAUGAAUGUUAAGAAAAGGCCACUUUUGACCAAAGACUUGCUUUGUGUCUCGAGUAAACAUUUUGACGGUGCAAAAUAAUUCUAUAUAAAAUGUAUCACUGUCCCAUUAUAUGAUGUAUCUGUCUUGUUCUUUUAUUGCAGUAAGUUUGUUUUAUACAAUACUAUGUUAAUUUUUAGUGACAAUAAAUAGAUUUAUCCUUUUUGA